AUGGCGCCCGCAUUGCUGUCCAAAGCCCUGUCGCAUGCGGUCGUGGGCAGUGAUAGCGAUCUGGCGGUGACAAGGGCCCUGCACGCACUCUCACAGACACGGCUCACUGGCAGCGAAGAGACUACAGCGCAACUUUCCACCAUCGCCGACGCGCCUCUUCCAGUCUCGGUACUUGCUGCGUCGGCGCCUUCUUCGUUGGUGUCUCCGGUUGCUUCUUUCCAGCCAACAGCUUUCCAACACAAUGAGCUCGAUAGGACAUUAGCAGACGUCCUUGUCCGUCUUGCAUCAAAUCCCACCGGAAUGACUGUCGAUUUCUCGAACAGGGACGAGGAAGCCAGCGCCACCCACUUCCAAGCACACACUGUCACGUACAACAUCCCCCGAGUUUCGUUGGAAAGACUGCUUUCGUCCGACCAGCCGAACUCUUUCGUCGCCGUUUCGUCUGGUGAAGCUUUGACGAUAACGCCAGAUUGGACGACCGGAAAGCAUCAUGAGUGGCACAUGGGAAGACAUGUCUGGAGGAGGAUGCCCGUCGUUGGGGUAGUGGUGGGUGUUGUGCUGCUGUGGACGGUCAUCACUUGGAUUGGGCGGAGGAAGAGGAGGGUCCGAGUGAGGCAGAUGGGGACAGAGGUGGGAGAGAAGACAACCCUCGCCGUUGAGUGA